UCACCCGCAGGAUGGUCGUAUAGGUAGAUAUACACUGGUAGAGACGCAUCGCUUGGCGCAUACCCGCCUGGUAAGUAAUCCAAGGGUGCGCACACAAAGCGUAGCGAAAUUCCUCGCUGCCCCUGGAGUGAAAAGAGUGAACAACAGGACAUGACAUUGAUAUUUCCCGACGGAGACGCAUCAGCCUGGCGCGCACUUAUCUGGUCGAUUGCCCAAGGAUGUGCGCGCAAGGUGGAGACGCCAGCUCUUGGAAGUGAAGAAAUGCAUCAAAUUCACUUGGCUGGCCGCAGGCGGACCACCUGCAAGCCAGCAUUGCAGCCUGACGCGCCUUGGCGCAAGCGGCACACAUACUGAGGCGCGAGCGACACACAUACUAGCCUGAUGAUACAGGCUCCGCGUCGUGCUAAACACGUUGCGCCGACUCGUGCUCAUCGAUCUCCGCGUCCUGCUCCGACUAAUUGACCUCAACCUCCGCGUUGUGAAUGCCGCGCUGGGGUGUUGGGCCCCUGCCACGGCCAAGACACUCGAGCCCCACCAGGCAGCCCAGCGCGACGCCGCAGACCAAGAACAAGAUCAACAAGAAGAAGAUCAAGACACCAGCGAAGACCGCAAUUAAUCCCCAUGGCUCGGUGGUGGCUGUGGUGUUUGACGUGUCCGAACUCGUGCCCGUAUCGGUGGUCGUCGUGGCCGUCUUGGUGGUGGUGGUAGUAGUGCUUGACGUCGCGGAACUCGUGCCCGUAUCGGUGGUCGUCGUGGCCGUCUUGGUGGUCGUCGCGGUGGUCGUCUCAGUUGUUGCCUCGGUGAAGUCGAACACGUACGCGGAGCCUGAAUUGUAGCCCUGGUCGUCGUCAUAGUAGGCCCCCACCACCACGCGGGCCCCGUCGGAGCUCACGGCCACCGAGGAACCGAAAAAGUCGAGUUCGCAGCCCCAUCACUCGCCACAAGCUUCAGCAGCCUCUCGCCGGUGGCCCCGUCGAGCACGUACACGGAGCCUGAAUUGUAGCCCUGGUCGUCGUCGCGGUGGGCCCCCGCCACCACGCGGGCUCCGUCGGAGCUCACGGCCACCGAGAAACCGAAACGGUCGUCUGCAGCCCCAUCACUCGCCACAAGCUUCAGCAGCCUCUCGCCGGUGGCCCCGUCGAGCACGUACACGGAGCCGGAACUGGAGCCGUCACCAUAGGCCCCCACCACCACGCGGGCCCCGCCCCCACCACCACGCGGGCCCCGUCGGAGCUCACGGCCACCGAGGAACCGAACCAGUCGUCUGCAGCCCCAUCACUCGCCACAAGCUUCAGCAGCCUCUCGCCGGUGGCCCCGUCGAGCACGUACACGGAGCCGGACUUGUCGCCCUGGUCGUCGUCAUAUUUGUUUCCCACCACCACGCGGGCCCCGUCGGAGCUCACGGCCACCGACUCACCGAACCAGUCGUCUGCAGCCCCAUCACUCGCCACAAGCUUCAGCAGCGUCUCGCCGGUGGCCCCGUCGAGCACGUACACGGAGCCA